AUGAUAGUUCUGUCAUUUUCUAUAAUACGCCUCGCCGUGUUUUUCGCUGCUCUGAUCUCUGUGGGUCUCGCCGCGAAUGGGGACCCGUGCGGAACGUCGAAAGACGGUGUGUGUCCUUGUGGAUGCAUCGUGGAAGCGGCAUGCACCCGGGUGAAGUGGGCCGAUUGUGGGAUACCCGUCAAUAUGUUGUGCCCGACCGGAUGUUCGCUUGACACGAGCCGCUGCAUGUUUUAUACGCCGCCGAAUUGUUUUGGAUAUCCGGUUGGUGGGAUAUGUCCUGUUGGUCUUAAGCUCAUGCCGAAUGGCCAGUGUUGUAAGGAA